AUGGAGACUUUCGAAAUGUCCAGCAAUGGUAACCCCUCGAACCCAAGCACGCCGUCACUGUUCAACUUGGACCAUGAGGCCGCGUAUCGAACUUGUGCGGCAAAGCUGGGGUCGCCAGAUGUCGACAACUUCGUCGUCCGGUUCAACAAGGACGCGGCAGAGUGCGCUGUCGAUGUCAAAGCGGACGAGGCGCCGCAGUGGUUAGACAGCAACAACCGCGGCGCUCACCAGACGGUAUGGUUGAAUUUCUGGGCCUCGCCGUCGUCGUCACAGAGGAGGACAAUCGGCGCCAUCGCCAGAAAAUACGGUCUCUCGCCCAGAUUAGCAGGAUUGCUUUCCCUGGCGACUCAGACUCCGAAACCCCUUGACUCCUCGACGAGCACGGCUAACAUUCCAGCCACAUCCGAUGCUUCAGAGGCAGAAACGUCAGCGACAACUCCGCAGACCUCGAAGACGAAGGACCUCGAAAAAGGAUCGACGCGAAGCACCCAGCCCAGUGGACCUUUGCAGCCAAGCCAGAGCACGUCUUCAAGCUCACGCGGCUUCGGCUUUCACGACGUGGUUGAUAGUCUAUGGCACUUCUGCUCGGUCGACUUCGGACGCCACUACAUCUACGUCGGUUACAAUGCACUGUUCUACCUAAGUGGAGACGAGAAUCGUCACAAGGACAAACCAGCUGGCCAACGCAUCUGGACGUCUCUCCUCCUGUGCGACGACGGUACAGUCAUCUCGGUCUUUGAACGGCCGCCCAUCGCAAGCCCCACGGCUGUCAAACGAUUGCGGAGCAACGUGCUCAACGUCUUUAAACAUCUCUCCUCACUGCACGACCAGGACGAUGCACAGGACGCGCUGAUGAAAGUCCGCGUCCGGUGGAAUGAGCACUCUUCAAAAUCUCAAAGGGAGUACUCUGAAACCGAGGCUGCGAGUCUGUUGUUCUAUUACCUCUUUGACGACUGGGUGUCAACGUACAAAUUGAUUGCACGCAAGGAACACCCCUAUCGCUCGAAUUUGGAGACGCUGAGAAGGGAUAUGUUCAACGCGGCUGAUGUGUCGCUCAUCGAGCAGGUCCACAACACAGGACGCCAGUUGACGGUGUUGAAGUUGAUGUAUCAGAGUUAUGAGCUGAUCGUAUCCAGGCUUCUCCAUCGUCAGCGGGCAGCGACGGGUUCGGAGCUUAUGUCCACGUCAACGCCGCCGGCUGCUCUGGACAAGCAACCCACAUGGGGUGGCGUGAACGAAAUGUCGGCUGCACAGAUGCACCAGAGCGAGCUUAUGUAUCUGGACGAGGAUUCUAGUCCAAGUGUCAGGUUGAGCAUGUCGGCUGUGGUGCGUUUUGAAAGACUGCUUGAUCGCAUACGCUUAUAUGCUUUGACUGAGAUCGAGGAGUGUUUGAAAGAAAAAGAAUCCCUGGUGUUUAUGAACUUCAACCUGGUCACGCUGAAGGAGUCACAAGCUGUCGAAAGACUGACUAGAACGACAAUCUUGUUGGCUAAAGCGACCAUUCUGUUCUUACCAGUCAGUCUGAUGACCGCGUAUUUCUCGAUCCAGUUACCGGAGAUCACGGAAAAGUACGAUCUCGAGACUUAUUGGCUGUGCUUCUUGGUCGUUUCGUUGUUGUCGAUUGCGUUCUUGGCAGCUUUUGGCUUUUACACGCAUACCGUCGAGGGCAAAACCAUCUACAAGUCUGUCACAAGUAUGACAUUGGAUCUCUUCAAGCGGAAGAACAAGGCAAUAUGA